CAGAAAUAUCACUUGGACAGUGCUGGCAUGUAUAUAAUUUCUCCCCCCAGGAAAGGACCCACAAAGUACUGGCAGCUCCUCUCCUUCUUGUAUGCCAUUCAAGCGAUCAACCAGAAUCAAAAGCUGUUACCCAACAUCACCCUGGGCUACAGCAUCCAUGAGAACUUUUUUGAUGGAAGGGUGACCUAUGAUGCUUUGCUAGACAUGUUGUCAAUUGGGCAGCUGAACUUUCCAAACUAUAGCUGUGGUAAACAGACUAACUUACUGGCUGUUCUCGAAGGGUCCGACUCUCAAAACUCCAUCCAGAUUUCAAACGUGUUGGGCAUCUAUAAAAUCCCACAGGUCACUUAUGCUUUUGUCUCUCAUGUUCUGAAUGAUAAGAGGCAUUUCCCUUUUUUCUACCGGAUGGUCCCCAAAGAAGAAGCCCUGUACCCAGGGAUUGUCAAGCUGCUCCAGCACUUCCGAUGGACCUUGAUUGGCCUCCUUGCACCAGACACCGACAAUGGAGAGAGGUUCCUGAAGAGCUUGACACCCGUGCUCAUCAAGAGCGGAGUCUGUGUUGUCAUCUCACAAAGCAUCCAAGGACUGACUAAAAAUGGAGUAUACAUGCCUCGUCUUCCAUUCCGCAAGUGGAGGCAAGUGCAUGUAUUUGUGUACUACGGGGAAAUGACUUAUUUCUUAGAUGGACUACUCAUUAUACAACAGUUUUUUGACAUAGGGAUGAAAUCCAUUGUUGGGAAAAUCUUCAUCACAACAGUUUUGUGGGAUGUCGCCCUGGAGCUGAUGUAUAAUUACAUAUCUUUCCAACACAUCCAUGGUAUAUUUUCCUUCUUCACUGAGACAAGUAAAGGGGCAAAAUACGGUGAUUUUCCACCCUUUUUCUCUGGUAUUAAGAAGUUUUGGGAGGGUGCUUUUAAUUGUUUCUAUUUAAAGCAUGCAUUCUCAGUGAAAGGCAGGACAAGAUGCAGAGAGAGAGGGAAACUGGAGAGGCUUCCCCAAGAUGAUCUGGAAAGAAUCCUCUCUCUAGACAGCUACAGGAUCUACAACACUGUGCAAGCCGUGGCUCGUGCCUUAAAUGCUGCAUAUUCAUCUAGAUCUAAGCAGAGGGGAACUGAGAGAAUGGGAUUUCAAAGGCUACAGCCAUGGCAGCUCCACCCUUUCCUAGGAAACACCCAGUUCUACAAUUCUUCCAUGGACAGAGUGUAUUUGGAUGAGAACGGGGAGCUGGCAGCCGACUUGGACAUUGUGAACUGGGUGGUGUUCCCCAAUAAAUCCGUCCUCAGAGUGAAGUUUGGGAGUAUCGACAGACAGGGAUCCCCAGACCUGAGGUGCACCAUUGACCCGGAGGCCAUUGUGUGGCCCAAGUGGCUCAAUCAGACCCUUCCUACUUCCAGGUGUGUGGAAAGCUGUCGCCCUGGAUCCGUCAAGGUGAUCCAGGAAGGGAAGCCUCUUUGCUGUUAUGAAUGUCUUCCCUGUGCAGAAGGGACCAUCUCCACUCAGGAAGAUGCAGACCAUUGCAAAAAAUGCCCAGAAAAUCAGCAUCCAAACAUGAACCGAGAUCAAUGUGUGUUCAAGCAUAUCACCUUCCUAGCCUAUGAAGAAUCUCUGGGGGUUGUCCUACUUUCCCUUGCCCUACUGGGGUCCUUAGCCACAAGCUUUGAUUUAGGAAUCUUUAUUAAAUACAACGAAACUCCCAUAGUCAAAGCCAACAACCGGGACCUCUCCUACAUCCUCCUCGUCUCCCUCCUGCUUUCCUUUUUGUCCUCCUUCCUGUUCAUUGGGAGGCCAAGGAAAGGGACCUGCCUCUCCCAACAAAUAGCCUUCAGCAUCAUCUUCUCUGUUGCUGUUUCUUCUGUGUUGGCAAAAACCAUCACUGUGGUUCUGGCCUUCCUGGCCACCAAGCCAGGGAACUCAGUGAGGAGAUGGCUGGGGAAGAGUCUGGCCAACUCCAUUGUCAUUUCCUGUUCCUGUGUCCAAGUUGUCAUCUGCAUGAUCUGGCUGGGGAUCUCGCCACCAUUCCCAGACUCUGACAUGCACUCCCAGCCUGGGGAGAUCAUCCUGCAAUGCAACGAAGGGUCUGUGGCCAUGUUCUAUGGUGCCCUUGGCUACAUGGGCUGCCUGGCGGCCAUCUGCUUCACGGUGGCUUUCCUAGCCAGGAAUCUGCCUGGGGCCUUCAAUGAAGCCAAGCUGAUCACCUUCAGCAUGCUGGUCUUCUGCAGUGUUUGGGUGUCCUUUGUGCCCACCUACCUGAGCACCAAGGGGAAGUACAUGGUAGCCGUUCAGGUUUUCUCCAUCUUGGCCUCCAGUGCUGGGCUCCUGGGCUGCAUCUUCAUUCCCAAGUGCUACAUUAUUUUGCUGAGACCUGAUCUGAACACAAAGGAGCACCUGACAGCAAAAACUAAAAAUAGCAUCUGAUUCUUAAAAUAUUAUUUUUCAAGAAGUUAGGGAAGUGAGAUUCUUGAAAAAUGAUGUUUCAGUUUAAAAAAUCGUUACCCUCGUUUGAUCAUGUAGAACCAACCAACUUAAUGGAAGUAGUUAUGAAAUUUGGAUCUGGCUGAAAAUUUGUUAAAACUUUGGAAGAUAUAGAUCACAUA